AUGGAGAACCAGACUUUGGGUGAGGGUGUCCUACUCCUGGAGGGGUUAAAGGUCUCUUCCCAGUCCUCCCUUCCUGCUUUCAUCGCCCUCCUCCUCAUCUACAUCUUUGCCUUGGUGUCAAACAUCAGCUUGGUGGUCCUGAUCCUGACGAGCCGGACCCUCCACCAGCCCAUGUACCUGCUCUUCUGCAACAUGAGCAUCAACGACAUCUUUGGGGCGACGAUCGUCACGCCACACAUCCUCAGAGACAUCCUCAGACCACCAUCGGAGCGGUUCAUCCGCUACAUUGACUGUGCCAUCCAGGCGUUCUGCGUUCACCUCUACGCAAACGUCACCCACACGGUGCUCAUGAUCAUGGCCUUCGACCGCUACGUGGCCAUCUGCAAACCCCUGCGAUACGCGUCCAUCAUGACCGGCAGGACGGUGGCGGCGCUGUCGGCGGCGGCGUGGACGACGGCCUUCACUGCCGUCGCCAUCCUCGUGGGGCUCAGCAUCCGACUGUCACGCUGCCGGUGGGUUAUACCCAACCCGUUCUGCGACAACGCCUCCCUGUUCGGCCUCUCCUGUGAGAGCGUCCUCGUCAACCACGUCUACGGCCUCGGCCUCACGGCGGCGGUGCUGGGCUCCUCCCUCGUCAGCGUGACGAUCACCUACCUGAAGAUCGCGGCGGUUUGUGUCCGCAGUAAAAACAAGGCGCUGAACAGCAAAGCGCUGCAGACCUGCAGCACUCACCUGGCCGUGUACGUCUUCCUCCUGGUGUCGGCGCUGGUCAUCAUCACUCUGCACCGGUUCCCUCGGAUGUCCGACUACAGGAAAGUGGUGUCCAUCCUGUGUGAAGUGACUCUGCCUGCGUUCAACGCCGUCAUCUACGGGCUGCAAAUAAAAGAGAUCAAGCAGAGGAUUAUCGCUUUGUUUCACAACAGGAAAGUGGCUCAAAGGAAAUGA